AUGGGAUCACCAGUAAACAAUAUGGCCGGAGCUGCUCAGAACGGAGUCAAUGGGGAUGCCAAUGGCUCCCUGAGCUCCUACUCAGCCAAGUUCGAUCUUGCUCCGCACUUUAUCGGCGGCAACAACCUCAGCGUAGCCUCUCCCGGCAAAGUCAAGGACUUUGUGGCAGCGCACGAUGGACACACAGUCAUUACCAAUGUUCUCAUUGCGAACAACGGUAUCGCCGCUGUCAAAGAGAUCCGCUCUGUGCGGAAAUGGGCAUACGAGACGUUUGGCGAUGAGCGGGCGAUUCAAUUCACCGUCAUGGCGACACCUGAGGAUCUCCAGGCCAACGCAGAGUACAUCCGCAUGGCGGAUCAAUACGUUGAGGUACCCGGCGGUACCAACAACAACAACUACGCCAAUGUUGAGCUCAUUGUCGAUGUGGCCGAGCGAAUGAAUGUUCACGCCGUGUGGGCAGGAUGGGGACACGCCUCGGAGAACCCCAAGCUCCCCGAAUCGCUUGCCGCUUCGCCCAAGAAGAUCAUCUUCAUCGGUCCUCCCGGAUCCGCCAUGCGCUCGCUUGGUGACAAAAUCUCCUCCACAAUUGUCGCACAACAUGCUGGCGUACCAUGCAUUCCAUGGUCAGGAACCGGUGUUGAUGAGGUCAAGGUUGAUAGCAACGGCAUUGUCACAGUCGAAGACGACGUCUACCAAAAGGGUUGCACCAAGUCGUGGGAAGAGGGUCUUGAGAAGGCCAAGAUGAUUGGCUUCCCCGUCAUGGUCAAGGCCUCAGAAGGUGGUGGUGGCAAGGGUAUCCGAAAGGUCGAGCGCGAAGAAGACUUUGAGCAGCUUUACAAGGCGGCUGCCUCUGAGAUUCCUGGAUCGCCCAUCUUCAUUAUGAAGUUGGCGGGCAGCGCACGUCACUUGGAAGUCCAGCUGCUGGCUGACCAGUACGGCAACAACAUUUCGCUGUUCGGACGUGACUGUUCGGUACAGCGACGACACCAGAAGAUCAUUGAGGAGGCACCGGUAACAGUUGCUGGCUCAAAGACCUUCCAGGAGAUGGAGAAGGCUGCCGUCUCGCUCGGACGGCUCGUCGGAUACGUCUCUGCCGGUACUGUCGAGUACCUCUACUCGCACGCUGACGACAAGUUCUACUUCUUGGAGCUGAACCCUCGUCUUCAAGUCGAGCACCCUACCACCGAAAUGGUAACGGGCGUGAACCUCCCAGCCGCCCAGCUCCAGAUCGCCAUGGGUCUCCCAUUGCACCGUAUCCGUGACAUUCGUCUCCUGUACGGCGCUGAUCCCCACUCCAGCUCUGUCAUCGACUUUGACUUCUCCACCGAAGGCAGCGCCAAGAGCCAGCGACGACCUACUCCCAAGGGUCACUGCACGGCUUGCCGUAUCACUUCUGAAGAUCCCGAUGAGGGCUUCAAGCCAUCUGGUGGUACCAUUCACGACCUCAACUUCAGGAGUAGCUCCAACGUCUGGGGUUACUUCUCCGUCAGCUCCGCUGGUGGCAUUCACAGCUUCUCUGACUCCCAGUUCGGUCACAUUUUCGCUUACGGCGAAAACCGACAAGCAUCGCGAAAGCACAUGGUUGUUGCGCUCAAGGAGUUGAGCAUUCGUGGUGACUUCCGAACGACUGUUGAGUACCUCAUCAAGUUGCUCGAGACGCCUGCUUUCGAGGAGAACACCAUCACAACUGGUUGGCUCGACGAGCUCAUUUCCAAGAAGUUGACUGCUGAGCGACCAGACACCAUGAUUGCUGUCAUUUGCGGUGCUGUUACCAAGGCCCACGUUGCGAGCGAGGCCUGCAUCAGCGAAUACACUGCUAGUCUGCAAAAGGGUCAGGUUCCGUCAAAGGAUGUGCUCAAGACAGUCUUCCCUAUCGACUUCAUCUACGAGGGCAACCGAUACAAGUUUACCGCUACCAAAUCGACCAUUGACAGCUUCACUCUGUUCAUCAACGGAACAAAGUGCUCGGUCGGUAUCAGGGCACUUGCCGAUGGCGGUCUCUUGAUCCUGCUCAGCGGAAAGUCGCACAACGUCUACUGGAAGGAGGAAGUCGGCGCCACCCGUCUCUCGGUUGACGGUAAGACUUGUCUCCUCGAGCAAGAGAACGACCCCACUCAACUGCGAACCCCUUCGCCUGGUAAGCUCGUCAGGUUCCUCGUUGAGAACGGCGAGCACGUUGACAAGGGCCAACCUUUUGCCGAGGUUGAGGUCAUGAAGAUGUACAUGCCUUUGAUCGCACAGGAGGCCGGUAUGGUCAACCUGAUCAAGCAGCCAGGAGCCACGCUCGAAGCUGGUGACAUUCUCGCUGUCCUGGCUCUUGAUGACCCAUCCAUGGUCAAGACCGCCCAGAACUUCACAGGCCAGCUUCCCGACCUUGGUGCACCUCAAGUGCCCGGAGCCAAGCCCCCGCAGCGCUUCAACUACCUAUACUACAUUCUUGAGAACAUCUUCCAGGGUUUCGACAACCAGGUCAUCAUGCAGAGCACCCUCAAGGAGCUUGUUGAUGUCCUCAGGGAUCCCGAGCUGCCCUAUGGAGAGUGGAGCGCCCAAGCGUCUGCUCUUCACGCCCGUAUGCCUCAGAAGCUCGAUGCUACCUUCUCCCAGAUUGUCGACAAAGCCCACAGCCGUAACCUUGAGUUCCCUAGUAAGGCGCUCAACAAGGCAUUCCAGAAGUUCGUAGAGGAGAACGUAGCCAAGGGCGACGUUGCGCUGCUCAAGGCUUCUUUGGCGCCUCUGGCUGAUGUCAUUGACCGCUACUCUGAGGGUCUCAAGGCACACGAGUACAGUGUCAUGAUCAAGCUUUUGGAGAUGUACUGGGCUACUGAGUCGCUCUUCUCGUCUCGCACAUCGCGUGAUGAGGAAGUUAUCCUCAAGCUCCGUGACGAGAACCGUGACAACAUCACCAGCGUUGUCCAGACUGUCCUGUCUCACACCAGGGUUGGCGCGAAGAACAACCUUGUCAUCGCCAUCCUUGACCUCUACCGACCCAACAAGCCCGGUGUCGGCAACGUGUCCAAGUACUUCAAGGAGAUUCUCAAGAAGCUUACUGAGCUCGAGUCCAGGCAGACUGCCAAGGUCUCCCUCAAGGCUCGUGAGGUCCUCAUUCAGUGCGCUAUGCCCUCGCUCGAGGAGCGUACAGCACAGAUGGAGCACAUUCUGCGCUCUUCCGUUGUCGAGUCUCGCUACGGUGAGAGCGGAUGGGACCACCGUGAGCCCAACUUUGAGGUCAUCAAGGAGGUUGUCGAUUCUAGGUACACUGUCUUUGACGUGUUGACCCAGUUCUUCGUCCACUCUGAUCCCUGGGUUGCUCUUGCUGCCCUGGAGGUGUACACUCGCCGUGCUUACCGUGCGUACCAGCUCCAGAACAUCAAUUACCACAACGAGGGCGAGCAGCAAUGCUUCCUUUCUUGGGACUUCAUCCUCCGCAAGGUCGGUGAGGCCGAGUACGGCCUCGCCGUAGAGCCCUCGGAGCCUGGCACACCAAGCACACCAGGAUUUGAGCGCCCGCCUCGCAUCCAGUCCCUGAGCGACAUGACCGCAUGGCAGAACCGCUUUGAGGGUGAGCCCACUAGGAAGGGUGUUGUCGUCCCUGUCGACUUCCUUGAUGAUGCCGAUGAACUCAUCAGCAAGGCUUUGGACAUUUUCCCCAACCUUGGCAAGGAGAAGAAGGCCGGUACUGGCUUGAGGGAGGGUUUGACCAUGAAGCGCACUCCUACGACUGGUGUCAACGAGCCCAAGCACAGUGAUGAGCUCACUGGUGUCCUCAACGUCGCUGUCCGCGAUAUUGAGGGCAACGAUGACAAGGAGAUCCUCGACCGCAUCCUGCCUAUCGUCGAGGGCUUCAAGACAGAGCUUCUGUCGCGCCGUAUUCGCCGCAUCUCUUUCAUCUGCGGUCACAAGGACGGAACUUACCCCGGCUACUACACUUUCCGUGGACCCAACUACGAGGAAGAUGCCAGUAUCCGUCACGUCGAGCCUGCUCUUGCCUUCCAGCUUGAGCUUGGCAGACUCUCCAAAUUCAACAUCAAGCCAGUCUUCACGGAGAACCGAAAUAUCCACAUCUAUGAGGCUAUUGGCAAGGGUGCCGAGAGUGACAAGCGCUACUUCUUGAGGGCGGUCGUCCGAUCUGGCCGUCUCCGAGAGGAGAUUCCUACCGCUGAGUACAUGAUCUCUGAGACGGAUAGGUUGAUGACUGAUAUUCUGGAUGCUUUGGAGAUUGUUGGCACCACGCAAGCUGACAUGAACCACAUCUUCAUCAACUUCUCUCACGUCUUCCCUCUGAACCCCACUGAGGUUGAAGAGGCCAUUGGCGGUUUCUUGGAGCGUUUCGGUCGACGACUCUGGCGCCUCCGUGUCACUGGUGCUGAGAUCCGCAUCAUCGUGACUGACCCUCAGACUGGCAUUCCUUACCCACUCCGUGUGAUCAUCACCAACACCUCUGGAUACGUCAUCGAGGUGGAGAUGUACGCUGAGCGCAAGUCUGAGAAGGCUGGCAAGUGGCUCUUCCACAGCAUUGGCGGAACCAACAAGAUUGGUUCGCUUCACUUGCAGCCAGUUUCCACUCCUUACCCUACCAAGGGUGCUCUUCAGCCCAAGAGGUACAAGGCCCAUCUCAUGGGUACUCAGUACGUGUACGACUUCCCAGAGCUCUUCCGUCAAGCCACGGAGAACAGCUGGAUCGAGGCUAUCAAGAAGCAGCCCUCCCUCCGCGAGACUCAGCCAGCCAAGGGAGAGUGCCUCGAGUACUACGAAUUGGUGCUUGAUGAUACUGAGAACCUUGCUGAGGUCAACCGCGACCCUGGCCAGAACAAUAUUGGUAUGGUCGGUUGGAUUGUGACUGCCAAGACGCCCGAAUACCCGCGUGGCCGCCGCUUCAUCAUCAUCGCCAACGACAUCACCUACAAGAUUGGUUCCUUCGGACCUGCGGAAGAUAACUUCUUCCACAAGUGCUCUGAGCUCGCACGUAAGCUUGGCAUUCCCCGAAUCUACCUGUCUGCCAACUCUGGUGCACGAAUUGGUCUUGCCGAAGAGCUCAUUCCUCACUUCUCUGUCGCAUGGAAGGUCCCUGAAAAGCCCGAGGCUGGUUUCGACUACCUCUACUUGACACCCGAGAAGUACGAGCACUUUGUUGAUGGCAAGCGCAAGGACGUCAUCUGCGAGAAGGUCGAGGAUGGUGGUGAGACACGCUACAAGAUUACUACCAUCAUUGGUGCUGAGGAUGGUCUCGGUGUUGAGUCCCUCCGUGGCUCUGGUCUCAUUGCUGGUGAGACAUCAAGGGCUUACGAGGACAUCUUCACCAUCACUUUGGUCACUUGCCGUUCAGUUGGCAUCGGUGCUUACCUUGUCCGUCUCGGUCAGCGUGCCAUCCAGAUUGAGGGCCAGCCAAUUAUCCUCACUGGUGCUCAGGCUAUCAACAAGCUGCUUGGUCGUGAGGUCUACACCUCUAACCUCCAGCUUGGUGGCACACAGAUCAUGUACCGAAACGGUGUUUCACACUCGACUGCCGGUGAUGACUUCGAGGGUGUUUCCAAGAUCGUCAAGUGGCUGUCUUACGUUCCUGACAAGAAGGGCAACCCUGUCCCGAUUUCUCCUUCGGCUGACGCCUGGGACCGCGACAUCACCUACUAUCCCCCUGGUAAGUCUGCGUACGAUGUCAGACAUCUCAUUGCUGGAAAGGAGGACGAAGAUGGCUUCCAAUCUGGUCUCUUUGAUCGCGGUUCGUUUGAAGAGACUCUUGGUGGUUGGGCUAAGACUGUUGUCGUCGGUCGUGCUCGCCUCGGUGGCAUUCCCAUUGGUGUCAUCGCUGUCGAGACCCGCUCGGUCGAGAAUGUCACGCCUGCCGAUCCCGCCAACCCAGACUCGAUCGAGCAAGUUACAUCUGAGGCUGGUGGUGUCUGGUACCCCAACUCUGCAUUCAAGACUGCCCAAGCUAUCAAGGACUUCAACAACGGUGAGCAACUGCCGCUGAUGAUCCUUGCCAACUGGCGUGGUUUCUCUGGUGGUCAGCGCGACAUGUACAACGAAGUCCUCAAGUACGGUUCGUACAUUGUCGAUGGCCUCGUCAAGUACCAGCAGCCCGUCUUCGUUUACAUUCCUCCAUUCGGCGAGCUCCGUGGUGGAUCAUGGGUCGUCGUCGAUCCUACCAUCAACCCUCAAUUCAUGGAGAUGUACGCCGACGAAGACUCUCGCGGCGGUGUUCUCGAGCCCGAAGGUAUCGUUGGCAUCAAGUACCGCAAGGAGCGCCAGCUCGACACCAUGGCCCGCAACGACCCCGUCUAUGGUGAGCUUAAGCGCAAGCUGAACGACAAGGAUACACCAGAGGCCGAACUCAAGGAAAUCAAGGCCAAGAUGAAUGAGCGUGAGAAGCUGCUUCUUCCCAUCUACGGUCAGAUUGCCAUUCAAUUCGCUGAUCUUCACGACCGCGCUGGUCGCAUGCAAGCCAAGGGUGUCAUCCGCAAGGGACUUCGCUGGCAAAACGCCCGCCGCUUCUUCUACUGGCGCCUCCGCCGCCGUCUCAACGAGGAGUACAUCCUCAAGAAGUUCGCCUCUGCUGCCUCGCCAACACACGAGAGUCCCUUGGCCGACCCAGCCACCCGUGCUCGUGGCCUUGAGAUGCUGAAGCACCUGUCCAGCAUCCCCAACUGGGAGCAAGACGACAUGGCCGCAGCCACAUGGUACGAAGAGAACAGGCCGUUGGUUAGCGAGAAGAUGGAGCAACUCAAGACUGACGGUAUUGCGGAUGAGAUUGCACAACUCAUGCGCAAGGACCGUGAGGGUGGCUUGAAGGGUGUCAUUAGCUUGCUCAGCACGCUACCGACAAGUGAGAAGGAAGAGGUACUCAAGAUGUUGAGCAAGGCGUAA